AGAAACAGUAAUUUUUUCGAAAAAAGUGAGUAGAAAUGAAGAUAAAUCCACCAAUGUUGUUGCAAAUAAGCAGAUCCUAUAUUAAACUAGUCAAAGCUGACAAUUUUCAAAGGUGUUUUGGUAGACAUUUUUCUAACACUGAAACUCCAACUACCAACUCCAUUGUUGAUGCUUCAUUAGCUGUUCCCAUUUCAGCUUCAUCCAUGGAAUCCGAUAACUCAAAGAAGAAGGCAACUGAUUCAACAUGGGUUUCGAAGAUUGUAUUGUAUUCUUUCUGGCAAAGUUCAUGUUCUUGGAGAGUUCGCUUCGCCUUAAAUCUCAAAGGUCUUUCUUAUGAAUAUAGAGCAGUCAACCUUGGCAAAGGAGAACAGUUCACUUUAGAGUUUGAUAAAUUAAAUCCUCUUCAUUAUGUUCCUGUUUUGGUUGAUGGUGAUGUGGUAAUUUCGGACUCCUAUGCAAUUUUACUGUAUUUGGAAGAGAAGUAUCAUCAGAGGCCCCUGCUGCCAGUUGAACCUCAAUUAAGAGCUCUCAAUCUUCAGGCAGCAAGUAUUGUCAGCUCCAAUAUGCAGCCACUUCAUAUGUUAUCAGUGCUGAGGUACAUGGAGGAAAGGGUUGGUCCCGAAGAGAAACAAUUAUGGGUAAAAUUUCACAUACAAAAAGGUUUUGGAGCUCUUGAAAAAUUGCUGACGGGUUCUGCUGGAAAGUAUGCUACAGGAGAUGAAGUAUAUAUGGCUGACGUGUUUUUGGCACCUCAAAUUGCAGUAGCUACUAAAAGGUUUAACAUUGACAUGUCUGAAUUUCCAACCUUAAGGAAGAUAUAUGAUUCUUGUGAAGCGUUACCAGAAUUCCAAGCUUCUUUGCCAGAACGACAGCCUGAUGCUCCCCCCUGAGCUAAAUGCACAAUUGCAAGAAACUAUAAAUCUUCUCGAUCUCUUUUUAAUAAAAAUCUUAUGAAAGAAAAAAACUGUUGACGAAUGUUGUAAUAUGGAACUUUUCUAUUAUGAUUGAGAAGCAUUUGAGUCGACUGUCUUUUGAAAACAGUCUCUCUAUCUCUACGGGAUAAUGAUAAGAUCUUUGUAUAUUUUACUUUCUCCGUAUCUCACUUGUAAAAUUUCACUGGAUAUAUUAAUGUUGUUUUGUUAUGAUUGAGAAGUUAGGUUAUUCACA